AUGGGGGAUGGUUUUUAUUCAGGAGAUCAUACUCUACAAGUUUCAUUGAAGUCGGUAACGGUCACUUCGGAAUCUGCCUUUGCACGUCCACUUACAACUAUGCCUUAUAUCACCGCCUUAUUUCUCACAUUAAACUACAUAUGUCAAACUGUUUAUUGUAAGGUAAACGAGACAGUAACAAUUCUUCACAAGUUAUCCAAUUAUAAUCUCGAUGAGGACUUAAGUGAACAGAUUUUCCAAUUUAUAUUGCAAAUAAAACUAAUGGAGGUAAAAUUUGGCAUCGGACUCUUUUACUUUGGAUAUAGUUCUAUUUGCGAGGUACAUCCAAUAUUAAUUAAAAGUAUAAGCAUAUACAGGGUGGCAGACAACUGUUCUUAA